AUGGAGGACGACCGUCUCUUCAAGUUUCGCAAGCCGCAGUGGCUCAAUAGCGCCUGGGUGCGCAACUCGGGCGUCUACGGCGCCGGAGCUCUGUUCUCUCUCGCUUUCUACGUCCUCCUCGACGCGGCCGUCUGGUCCAAGUCGCGCCUCAAUGGCUCCGACGUUCAUGUUACCUUCGUCGACUGGCUCCCGCUCAUCUUCAGCUCGUUGGGAAUGCUCAUCAUCAACAGCGUCGAGAAAGCGCGUCUUAGCACCGACAGCUUUAGCUACUCGGGCAACGGUGUCGCUUGGAAGGCCCGCGUUGUUUUGUUUCUGGGGUUUGCCGCUCUGGCGGGCGGCAUGGCGGGCGGGGUUACGGUUUUCGUCCUCAAGUUUGUCGUUCCGGGCGUGGGUUGGCCUAUGAUGGGCAUGGGGGUUGAGAAUGUCGUUGCGAAUGGGCUCGUGGGACUCAGCAGUGUGGUUUUGUGGAUUAGCCAGAAUAUGGAGGAUGAGUAUAGCUACAACUUGGCGUUGUGA